GGCGCCGCCUCCUUCCGCAGCCCGGAGCCGCCAUGGACACGAGUCGCGUGCAGCCCAUCAAGCUGGCCAGGGUCACCAAGGUGCUGGGCCGGACCGGCUCUCAGGGGCAGUGCACUCAGGUGCGCGUGGAGUUCAUGGACGACACGAGCCGCUCCAUCAUCCGUAACGUGAAGGGGCCGGUGCGCGAGGGCGACGUUCUCACCCUGCUGGAGUCGGAGCGCGAGGCCCGGCGGCUGCGCUGAGCGGGACCCGGGGCCGCCCCUGCUGCCGUAUCGUCCAUCGGGGGAUGGAGCCUGGCGCGGCUCGUUCGACCGUGGGGCGCGGGUGGAAAGGAGCGUGGCGAACGUGUCACGGCAAUAAAGGGUUUUUACAGUA